AUGUCCAUGUUUUUCUCUAUCUGGACGUCUGCGGAUCAAUUUUAUCGCCUAGUCAACUUGUUAUCGUUAAACAAAGAGUCUUUUUAUUAUCUUAAUGGCCAAGCAUGUGAACCUUUUGGGAGCAUUCCGGUGUUUCUCGGCGAGUGUUCAAGAAUGCGCGCAAUUGGCAUUGCCGUUCGAAUCAUAGUAGUUUUGCUAUUAUGGGAUUGUGAGGCGUCAACCGUAGACAAGGCCAGCAUAUCUGAAACAAGUUUGAAUGUUACGGAAACGACAAGCUUUUGCGGUGGUUUUGUCACCCAUUCAUUCGGUAACAUCACGUCUCCGAAGUAUCCGUCUAACUACGAUGACAUGCUUAAUUGCAAAUGGCAUUUUCUUGUCCAAUCUUCCCACAGGAUCCUUUUCCAAUUCUACAAGUUGUUCAGUACUGAGCAUGGCUAUGAUCGUGUUUCUAUUUAUGAUGGAAUCUCUAAUUCAGCUCGGCUGAUUGUCGAACUCUCUGGGAAUGAUAGUUUGAGUCAGAUUUUCACGACUACCUCCAAUACAGCAACUGUUCGCUUCACUACCGACAAUAGCUUAAACUUUCCUGGGUUUGCACUGUACUACUCUACGGAUCCUAUUCCAGCGUGUGGAGGCGUACUGUACACGGAUGGUAUCAUUGAAACUCCAGAUUUCCCUGCUCACUAUCCAUCAUCAGCCAAGUGUCGAUGGGUUAUUACAGCUGAAAGUGACAAGCGAAUUGAAAUUACAUUCGAAUCUUUUCAGACUGAACCUGGAAGAGAUUUCUUAACGAUAAUGGAUCCCCUGACGGAUUUGCCGCUGUUGAUUCACUCCGGUUUUAGUUUGCCGGAUACGUUGAUUUCUCCUUCCAAUCAACUUAUUUUGAUAUUUCAAUCAGAUCAUGUCAUUAAUCAACCUGGGUUUGAACUAAGUUACAAGAUAAUAUAAACCUUUUUCACUU